AUGGACGUGUUUCUGAUGGUUCACCGCCACAAGACCACCGUGUUCAUCGACUCCAAGGAGUCGAGCACCGUCCUGGAGCUGAAGCUUAUGAUCGAGGGCAUCCUUCAGCGUCUGCCUGAGGAACAGUGCCUCUACAAGGACGACCAGCUCCUGGACGAAGACAACAUGACGCUCCUCGAGUGCGGCUUCACCGGCAAGACGGCGAGUCUCUGGGACCGGGCCACGGUGGGGCUAGCCUUGUGGGUGGAUGGCACCUUUGAGGACCUCCACAUGGAACCCUACUCCAACCCGGAGGAGGCGGAGGGGGCGGAGCAGCGCCCCUCACACCAUCACACCGUCACACCGUCACAUGGUCACACCGUCACACUGACCGUGGAGACUCGCCCUGUCACCUGA